UCCAGAGAUAUCAUUUAGAACAUUUUUUUUAAGCAGACACGAAAAACUGCUUCUGUGAUUCUGACUCUGACCACACAAGCAAAAGAGAGAGCAUCGAUCCAUGGACCUGCUACAGUACCAGCUAAAGCUAAUUUUUCGACUCGAAUCAGCGUUCUUCGUUCAUGACCCCCUCGGAGAAAUCAACCUUUACAAGGUCCAAUUCUCCAAUGUCAUCUUUUGCAGCUGAUCCCCCCUAGCUGCUUCAGCAGGACUUUGGGCCCUACCAUGCUCCGCUGGAUUCUGAACCUGCCGAUGUCGCCGGAGGCUUUUGCCAGCAAGGAAAUCUGCGACAUGUUCAUGGACAGGAUCUUUAGUAAUUUUGGAAGAAAGAACGAUGAUGCUGCAAAGGUGGUAGUGGAGGAUGAUGUUGCAGAGGUGGUAGUGGUCGAUGAUGUUGCAGAGGUGGUAGUGGACGAUGGUACUGGGGCUAGUGAUGACAAUAAUGGAUGUCCGAUUUGUUUGGAGGAGAUGAUGAAGACGGGAAAGGAAGUGAAACUUGUGGCCUGCGAGACGUGUCAGAGUGUGGUUCAUGAACGGUGCUUCGUCGAGUGGAAGAAAACCAAAGAGAACAAGGCAUCACUUACGUGUGUCAUUUGUAGAGCUCCAUGGAAGAGCAAUCAAAAUCUCGAUGGUUCUGUUAUUGACUUUGCAAAUGUUUGAUCAUUUCAUGAGUCCUUUACCUCACUUCGAUACAAUAAUGCUGAUUUAA